AUGCAAAUAGUGGGCGUGGGGGCGGCGGGCCAGGCGCGGGGGCGGCCGGGCGCGCGCGGGACCCGGCGCCUGCGGGCGGCGAGCGGCCGCGCGGGGCUCCGUGCUGCCGAGUGUCUACGUCCGUGUGCGCGCCCGUGCGCCGCCGCGGAGCUGUGGCCGCGGCGCUCCUGGCUCGGUGUGGCGGCGCGCAGGAGCCGGCCGGGGGCGCGGGAAGCGGCAGCGGCUACAAGAGCCAUUCUGGCGAGGCUGGCCGCGGCGCGCGCGCACACGCACACGCAGCCGCGGGGCUCGGCCGGCUGGGCGCCCGCGCCGGGGGGGCGGGCCGAGGGCGGGCCGGGUGGCGGCGGGGGCCGAGGGCGCGCCGCUGCCCAGCGCUGGGCGCCUGCCCUGACCGCCUCUGGAGACCGCAAGCCUUUCGCCGCCGCGGGCUACCCGCGCGCCAGCUGCCACCUUUUUGGAGAAGGACCACACCUGUGCUUAUUCUCGCUUUGGAGGAGAGGUGAGCUGGAAAAAAACAGCAUCUUCUGUUCCCAGAGUUCUUCGCUGAUCCCCCAUCUCAGAAUUGACCAGAAAGUGCUGCUUUCACCUGCUGAUUGCACCGGGCACAUCCAUCCUCGGACCCAGCUGGGACUCACAAGGAAGGGAAGGGAGAGGAGAGAGAUGAGAAAUGAACAUCACCCCCCUAGGUUCCACCAUAUGAGCAUCCCCAGAGUUGCGGAAGACCCUUCUGUAAAAGUCAACAGUCUCUCUUUCAUGACAUCACCACCUAAGCCCUUCCAACUUUAGCUUCAGAACAGGAAGAACGCUCAAAAUAGAAUUAUCUUAGGAAUCCAGCUCCUUUAGAAGAUCAGCUUUUAAAUCAGCUGCAGGAGGAGCACUGAACUUUGACAGAGGGAGGGAAAACUGAAGUGUUUGUAAUUGGUUCCUUUGGGGGAAAAGUAGAGGGGAGACUUCCCAUGCAUAUUCAGAAAAGCGUGUCUCAGGAUAACUUGGGUACCUAGACCGCUGAAUGAUUAAUAGGAUGGUUUGGGAUUCGUUUAUUGAAUUAUUCAUAUGUUUCGGUAUGUCAACAAUAACAAGCAUUUUUCAGAAUGAAUUGAAAAGAGGGGCUCCUGGAAUGUGCUCUAAGAAGUAUAAAGGAGGUUGUGGAGGGAGGCUGGGAGGAAGGAAGGCGAAGAGUCAGGAUGCAGUGACAACUGCUCUGAGUAUGAAAUUCAGAGGCUCAUUAUAAACAAGGACUAACUUUUGUGGGGUGACUAAGAUCCUGGACAAAGAAGUAACGAUGUCAGGAUUUUCCACCUUUACUUUGGUACGGAACUGCCUAUAUUUGAAUUUCAGUGUCUCCAUUCUUUUCUUGAACCAAGAUGUACCUUUCUGUCUGAGUGAAAAGCGAUAUGCAGUCUCUGGGAAGGGCUGCUUAAUAAGUCAUCCUCACUAAAGUAUUGACAACUUAAGGAUUAGUAGUGGGGCAGAAAAUCCUUUGCAGCAUUUGAGCACCUGGUGGGUGUUGUAGAAGGACUUGCUGGUUGAAGAGGUAACAUCUUUCAAUCUGGUUCAGGUUUAAAAGAAUCCAGGUGACAGGAUUGUCCGUAACUAUGUUAAGCACCUGAAAUCUGGCUAUGAUAAUGAGCUGAAUUUCAAAUUUUUAGUAAAUUCUUAAGAUUGAUACUUGAUUCAGUUACUGAAAGACUUAAAUAUGUUUGGAAACAAUUUGGACAUAACGCAUCUACUUUUUAAACUGUGAAAUGUAUGAAAUCUCUGUAUAGGUUCAGUAUUUCUGAUGAAAGUCUAGAGGUUGAAUUGAGAUGUGUUUUAAGUGUAAAUUACAUUCCAGUUUUCAAAAACUUAGUACAAAGAAAGUAAAAUAGCUCGAGUUAUUUUUAUAUUGAUUACAUGUUCAAAUGAUACUAUUCUACAUAUAUGGACCUAAAUGAAUUGUUAAGGUUAAUUUAAUCUUAAAAAAUUUUUUUUAAUAUGGCUAGUAAAAUAUUUAAAAAUACUUGCAUGGUUUGUAUUUUACUUCUCUUAGACAGCACUGGCCUAUAACAUCACUCUUUUUGGUAGAUGGAUUAAUUUCAGAAAAGAUGACUGCAUGAAAUCUCUUCUUUGCUGUUUUCCAUGUGGAAAUUUGGGGACCCCAGGAGUUGUUAUUUUAGAACAUGAGACCGAAUAAUGAAUGCUUUCCAUAUUUCUACAUAGGAGGCAUGACCUACUCAGGAAGGUCAAUAAAAGUGUGCCUGGAACUAGAAAGACUAGUAGGGCUGUCAUGGGAAAACUUAGAUACCCACACAUCUGGCUGUAGCUGCUUUUGUGAAAGGCUCCUGGGCAUACCAAACUUUAUCAGAGAACAGUAUGUGACAUAGUAACUAUUGUGACACCUGGUGGCAUUUUAGUGAUAGGGCUCGUGUUUGUUUUCUCUUACUCCUUCAUUUACUUUCUCUCCUCCACCCCGCCCACACCCCCAUCCCCACAUCAUAGCUCCCCUGGUGGUGAUUGGGCUCACAAGGCUACUGACCCCUUGCCUCUCCCCACAAAAAAGUUGAAUGCUGACCUGAAUGGAGGUAGUGCUCUUUUUGGGGUUUGGUUUUGUCUAAUGAGAUUCACUAAUGGCACUGGAAGGGACUUAGGGGUCAUUUAAAUACAAUAAAUACCCUUAUCUUCUAGAUGACAGACUGCCAUGUACCUUGCUUAAAACCGUACAGAGGCUGGAAUUAAAUGUACACUUUGGUUGAUAGCAUAUCAUAGGAAAUGACGAGGUUUAUCAGUUAAUCAAAUACUUUUUGAGCAUGCAUGUUGUGGAAGGGACUGUGAUUAGUGUUGUGAAGUGCUGUGAAGAAAAUAGUCUCUGACCUUAGGGACAAUUCUGCUGAUUUGAAGAAGUAAUUAUUAGCAGUGGCAAAUUAAAUUAUAGUACAGGCAUGCUUUGUUUUAUGGCGCUUCAAAGAUACUGUGGUUUUUGUGUGUGUGUGUUUUGUGUGUGUUUUUACACAUUGAAGGUUUGUGGCAUCCUUGUGUUGGGCAAGUCCAUUGGCACCAUUUUCCAACAGCAUUUGCUCACUUUGUGUCUUUGUGUCACUUUUUGGUAAUUCUCACAAUAUUUCAAGCUUUUUCAUUAUUAUACUUGUUUUGGUGAUCUAUGAUCAGUGAAUAUGACUUAAAAGCUCAGAUGAUGCUAAGUAUUUUUUAAUUAAAGUA